AUGUGCGUCGUCUUUAGUGGUCAGAAAGAAUGGCCUUCGUGUGACACGGUGAAACAAUUGCGGCCCAUACUGGUCACCAAGAGUAGAGUGCGUAUACUCAUCGAAUUUUUAAUCACUAAUAAUCCAUGGUAUCAGAAAAGUGGUGUUGCCUACAGUCCACGAAAUAUGGACUCACUGUUCGACAAUGUCGAUGCGGAUGUUGAUUGCAGUGUUCCCGCAACAUUGGAAGUGUGUCAUUUGCCGCGAGGAGGUGACACACCCGACAGCACAUUUGAUGUGCCAGAAGAUGAUGCAUCAGAAGACAUUGUUAUGGAAGCAGUGGGAUUUACUCAAGGAGACCACUCAUCACAGAGCAGAGAAAAGAUGAAACUGCAUGCAUUAGCUUAUGUCUUAGAUCGGAAGUGUUUCCUUCUUUCUCGGACUGGUGUUAGCUUCAUUGCGGAUAAUGAUCCUGGAUUAAUGUCUUACCUAUUCCCUCAUAUUGAUCCUUGGGAUAUUGGAGCUCAGGUUCGCAACUUAUUGCUUCAAGAUGAUUCUCCGUUUCGAAAGGACACUAAUUUUGCCUUUAUAUGUUGGAAUAUGAUUCAAAAAAGAGAAAUCAUCUGCGCAUCUCAGCAACAGAGUUUGGUAAGAGAAUUAAAAGACGUUGGUCCAUCUUUGACUGCAUUGGCUGAGAAAUGGACGUGUUCAAUCCAUGAAAAACCAUCUACCACUCAAGAGAAAAAAGCUGCGUGCAUUCUGCGUCGUUUGCAAUCGUCAACAAAAAAUCUGAGAGGAAGUAUUGGAUAUAAGUUGUGUCGUCGUAAUGAAAUUCGUGCUCUUAUGAAAAAAUAUUGUACACCGGCGUUAUUCAUGAUGCUCAAUCCACAUGAUUUAACUAGUCAUAUAGUUUCUUCAAUCGUAGAUAUAGAAUUGGAUCAAUGGAUGACCAUGUCGUCGUUUGAGCGAGCUAAGAUGCUGCGGCACUCGCAUUCGACUUACAAAUUCAGGCAUUCCUAA